AUGGCACGGUUCAACCCUUUUGCGCGUCGCCACCCUAACACGACAACCCUCCCAACCCAUCGUCGGAAAAGCAGCGAGGACACAAAGGUCAAUGACCGGUGGUAUGGCCGAGAUUAUAGCAUGGCCCAUCGGCCGCCCUUCAUGUUGUGGCUGAAGGUGACCUGGCUUGACAUCAUCACCAUGAUCAUUAUGGGAGUUAUUGCGCUGGUAGUCUUUAGAGCGCACCCACCGGCUCACCGAACAUUUCCCAUCACAUUCGAGAACGGCGAAGUUGUCUACCCCCAGUUCGCCUAUCCGCACAUCCCGCAAUACAUCCCCAGCCAUGCUGCAACAGCCCUCGGUAUCGGCGUUCCCAUUCUGUCCAUUCUCCUUUGCCAGAUCCGCGUACGAUCUUUCUGGGACAUCAAUAACGGCAUUAUGGGUCUACUUUAUUCGGUCCUCGGUUCUACUGUUUUCCAAGUCAUGAUCAAGUGGCUCAUUGGUGGACUGCGACCCAACUUCCUUGAGGUCUGCCAACCCGACAUCAGCAAGGCCUCCCAGCCAGGUGGCAAUGCGACCGGUCUCGACGGCACAGGCUAUGGAGGCAUCAUGUGGACGUCAGACAUUUGCACCAGAGAAAUGGACGGAACUCUCUCCAACGCUUUGGAAUCAUUCCCCUCGGGUCACACGACCGCCAUGUUCUCCGGCAUGGUCUUCCUGUACUUGUACCUUAACGCCAAGUUAAAGGUCUUCUCCAACUACCAUCCAUCCAUGUGGAAGCUCAUCCUUACCUACGCUCCAAUUCUCGGCGCUACCCUGGUAGGCGGCUCGUUGACCGUCGACCAGUCUCACAACUGGUAUGAUGUUCUAGCUGGUGCGGUGAUUGGAACCGUGUUCGCCUUCUCAGCCUACAGGAUGGUCUACGCCUCAGUAUGGGAUUGGCGUUUCAACCAUAUUCCCUUACACCGCAAACUUCCUCUCGAAAACGACAUUGACAACUUUGAUGGGGCGGUGGCUACUCGGAAGGCCGGAUGGGGCAAGAGGCGUGGGGCGAAGAUCACUGCCACCGACAGAUUGACUGGUAGGACCCGGUAUAGUACUAGCAGUCGAGAUGGACGUGGUGUUGGGGUUCCCCGCAAGCCGGUGACAUCGCACCAUGCUAGAAGCAGCCGUCGUCCCUCUGUUGACGACAUGGUGUAG